UGAAAAUCUUUCAGGAAGUGUAUAUCCGCUACGACGCGGACGUAAACAAACCCAUUAGCUAUAAACCCCGUUGUGACUACAAAGAGAUUGUACAGUAGUACAAUGUGUUUCUUUACCAUCUAGAUCUAGAACGAUCUGAUAUCCGUUAACAGGACCUGGCGUUUUGUUAGGAGCUUUACUUGAGAAGAUCUCAACUCAACAAUGUCUACUUCAAAUUUUAAGAAUAAGUGUGUAACGCAAGUCAACUGUAUAUACUGUGACAGUCUUCUGUGCAUGAGAGGAAUGAAAGCAGUACUUUUGGCUGAUACAGAAAUAGAGUUGUUCUCAACUGACAUACCACCAAAUAGGACAGUUGAUUUUGUGGCAAGCUACUAUUCGACUGAAAGCUGCAAAUGCAAGUUAAGAGACAUUGCUUGUUUGAAAUGUGGGAAUGUUGUGGGAUAUCACGUGGUGGCCCCAUGCAAGCCCUGCUUGCUGUCCUGCAACAAUGGUCAUUUCUGGAUGUUCAACAGUGAGGCUGUGUCCACCAUCAAUAGACUGGAUGCAACAGGGCAGAACUUGCUGCUGUGGGGAGAUCUUCCAGAACUGGAAGGCAGUGAUGACGAGAGUCUGGACAGUCUCUCAGAAGAAGAGUACCUCAGAUAGAAACACACACAUCCAAAGGAAGUAGACUCUGACGGUAGCCAACUAGUGUACUUUCACUCACACAAGUCUCUGUUUAAAGCACAUUGUCUUGUCUUUAGCUGGCUGGGAAUAGACAAAAGGAAAAAAAGGACUUUAUCAACCCGGCUUGAUUUACAUGCAUUUUCUUUCUGCAUCUCCUCAGAUUAGUUGCAGUAUGUCAGUGUGCCACUACCAAAGAGAUGUUUCUGUUUUCCUUGCUUUACGGUUGCAGUAGCACAAAACAUGAGGAUUGGAUUUAAAGAUUUAGGAUGCUAUCCUCAUAUGUCUUUAAACAAUAUUCAUGAAUGAUCAGAUUAAGAUCAGACUGUUUAAGAAGAUUAACAGUAGUGUUACUUUGAGGUGUUAAUACAGGUUAUUUGCUCCGGUACUAUUGCAGUUUUGGGAGGCAGCCAGAUAGAUAGAUAGAUAGAUAGAUAGAUAGAUCCAAUCUUGCAAAAUAAAAUGCUGGUUCCACAAGUCUAUGUGGUUUUUAUAGGAAGGAAAUUAAUGACUGACAUUUACCAUGUUUUAAUGGUUUACCAGUAUAUAUAUAAUGCCCAUUUAAUUUCAUAUGCCCUGCAGAUUGAUAUCAAUUGGUAUAUUUGUUCUAAACGAGGUUCAUCCCUGCAUAAUGUUUUGUAUUUAGAUUUUGCUCUUUUUUCUUUUCUUUUUUUUUUUUUAAACGGCUUUGACAUUUGAAGUGGCACAAAAUGACUUGGCAGCUUUGAGUAGAGUAGUUAGGUCUCAUUUGGCAUUUCAACAACUUUAAUUUAACAUUACGGUACUUUGCUUGGCACGCUCUUUUCAAUGAAUGCUGUUUCAUGAGAUAGUAGUUAAACAUUUGUACUGUCUGUACUCCGGUUAAUCCACCAGGCCAAUCAUGAAAAACAACAGAAAAUAAAUCUGCUCUUAAUUACUAUAAAUUCAGCAUGACACUGUGUGACAAACUGGACAAAGCAAUUUUGGGCUUUCUCAUUUUUUUUUUCUGAUGGAGGUAACAGAAUGAUUUGCAUCCUCUUCCAUUUCUUUUGAUUUACAAAGACAUGAUAUAGUCAUUCAGUAGCAGUUUUUCCACAAUCCUGUUUACCAUUUCACUGUGUAAUGAUAUGAUAUGAUUUUCACAGAUCAUUUUUAAGUAUGAAAAAAAAAAUGAAGGCUAUAAUGCCCAACUGUAGAUGUCUUAGCGCAUAAUUUUUCACCAUUUUGCAAUUUCAGUAAAAAUGGCAGCAACAAGAAUAAACAACCACUAUUGUGAUAGCUUUCAGGUGUAGCAGUUUUAGGGGUUGGCUCUUUUAUGCCUUGAAGCGAUCUUUAGUAUGCAUCUAUGACCAAAAUGAAACGGCGAAAAAUAUGUUUUGCAUUUUAACUUAUUAACAGAGGAUUUAUUUGAUUAUCUAUGUUUUGAAUGUAUUUAUUAACAGACAUGAUACUGUAUUUAUACUGACGUGAUUUCAUUUGCGCCAUGUGAGGAUGAGAAAAAAAACAUUUGUAUAUUUUGAUCUGCACUGACAAUAUGUUGUUGGUUUAAACUUUUAGUUAUUUUGUAUGCUGAAUGUCUUGAUAUUAAAUUUUUAAUGUGGA